UUUAUCAGAAGCCUCUCAGUGUUACUAGUACCAUUAUUGGACCCCGACAUCUUGUCACUAUGGAAAAGACACUUUUUAUAGCCUCGGCGCUUGCUGUUCUGAUGCCUACAGGGUUUUGUUUAUCCUGCUAUCAGUGCACAAUAAAUGAACAGUACAAAUGUGUAGGAGCUUAUAAACUAUGUGCAAAAAAAGAAGUCUGCUUUACAGCAUUUGCUACAACGGCACAAUCAGGUCCUUUCGUUGUUGGACGGAUUUGUGCAACGGCAAAUAAAUGCGACCAGUCAUUCAGCUACCUGAUAAAUGGUCAGAAAGCUACAAUUUCAACCUCCUGCUGCAAAACAAACAAAUGCAAGCCCGCUCCACAAGUUAAAAAAAAUGCAUUAAAGUGCCCAUUCUGUGUCGCCGAUGAAUCUGGCAGCUGUAUUGCAGACCAGACCUACGAAUGCACAGGACCAGAAGACAAAUGCUUUUCCUAUUAUUCUGCAGGCCCCCGAAAGCAACUUCUAGCCCGUGGCUGCGCAUCUUCAAAUAUCUGCAAUACCCCCCUUAAAAAUACAAUUGUUCCUCCAGUAUAUCAAAAUGGAAAAGCAAUAUGUGAAGAUGAAGAGAGUGACCAAACUGAUGAUGCCGGCGAUGAAGAUGACUCCAGAUAGCGCAUUGGUGGUGGUGGCAAUGGUGCAGUCAGGGAUGUUUCAUGGUAGCAUUGGGCAUGCUUCUUGUCUUCAGUUAAAUAUGGUUAAUAAUGUAUGUUGCUUGCAUUGAAUAUAUAUACGUAUAGCUUGCUGUUUGGAAAACUAAUGUGUUUGCUUAAUUGGAGGUGAAAAUUAAAAUCCAAUAAUUAAAAGUCUAUACAUUUAAAAA